CAGUGAGAGCGCCCGGGUGUGCGCCGACGGGGCUCUCGCCCCGGAGCCGAGCCGUACCGAGCCGCGCCGAGCCCAGCCCAGCCCAGCCCCGCUCCUCUCCGCUCCGCUCCCCGGUGAUGCGCGGCAGCCUGGCUGCCUAACCCCGCUGCCCGCUGCCAUGGCGGCCCCGACCCCCGGGGGGGCGGCGGGGGUCCCGGCGGGGCUGCGGGCCGCCGCCUGGCUGCUGGCGUGCGCCGCGCUGUGCCGGGGCCGCGCCGCCGCCUGCCCGCCGCUCUGCGCCUGCAGCGGCACCACGGUGGACUGUCACGGCACGGCCCUGCGCGCCGUGCCCAAGAGCAUCCCCCGCGGCACCGAGCGCCUCGAGCUCAACGGCAACAACAUCACGCGGAUCAACAAGAACGACUUCGCUGGGCUGAAGCAGCUCCGUGUCCUGCAGCUGAUGGAAAACCAGAUCAGUGCAGUGGAGCGUGGGGCGUUCGAUGACAUGAAGGAGCUGGAGCGGCUACGGCUGAACCGCAACCAGCUGCACACCCUGCCUGAGCUCCUCUUCCAGAACAACCAGGCACUGUUGCGGCUGGACCUGAGCGAGAACUUCAUCCAGGCCAUCCCCAGGAAAGCUUUCCGCGGGGCCACUGACCUCAAGAAUCUGCAACUGGACAAGAACCAGAUCAGCUGUAUUGAGGAUGGGGCUUUCCGUGCCCUGCGGGGGCUGGAGGUCCUGACCCUGAAUAACAACAAUAUCACUUCCAUCCCUGUGUCCAGCUUCAACCACAUGCCCAAGCUGCGGACAUUCCGCCUGCACUCCAACCACCUCUUCUGCGACUGCCACCUGGCCUGGCUCUCGCAGUGGCUGCGCCAGCGCCCCACCAUUGGGCUCUUCACCCAGUGUGCUGGCCCAGCCCAGCUCCGCGGCCUCAACGUGGCUGAGAUCCAGAAGAAUGAGUUCAGCUGCUCCGGACAAAUGGACCCGUCACGUGCCCAGCUCUGCAGCCUGUCCUCUGGCUCCUGCCCAGCCAUGUGCACUUGCAGCAACGGCAUCGUGGACUGUCGGGGCAAAGGGCUGACGGCCAUCCCUGCCAACCUGCCUGAGACCAUGACAGAGAUACGUCUGGAGCUCAACGGCAUCAAGUCCAUCCCCCCAGGUGCCUUCUCCCCCUACAAGAAGCUGCGAAGGAUAGACCUGAGCAACAACCAGAUCUCAGAGAUCGCUCCUGAUGCCUUCCAGGGGCUACGCUCGCUGAACUCCCUGGUGCUGUACGGCAACAAGAUCACGGACCUCCCCAAGGGUGUCUUUGGGGGACUUUUCGCCCUGCAGCUGCUGCUCCUCAAUGCCAACAAGAUCAACUGCGUGCGGGCGGAUGCCUUCCAGGACCUGCAGAACCUCUCGCUGCUCUCGCUGUACGACAACAAGAUCCAAACCCUGGCCAAAGGCACCUUCACCUCCCUGCGGGCCAUCCAGACCCUACACCUGGCCCAGAACCCUUUCAUCUGCGACUGCAACCUGAAGUGGCUGGCAGACUUCCUCCGCGCCAACCCCAUCGAGACCAGCGGCGCCCGCUGUGCCAGCCCCCGGCGCCUGGCCAACAAGCGCAUCGGCCAGAUCAAGAGCAAGAAGUUUCGCUGCUCAGCCAAAGAGCAGUAUUUCAUCCCAGGGACGGAGGAUUACCAGCUGAACAGUGAGUGCAACAGCGACGUGAUCUGCCCCCCGAAGUGCCGCUGUGAAUCCAGUGUGGUUGAGUGCUCCAACCUGAAGCUCACCAAGAUCCCAGAGCGUAUCCCACAGUCCACAGCGGAGCUGCGCCUGAACAACAAUGAAAUCUCCAUUCUGGAGGCCACUGGUAUCUUCAAGAAACUCCCACAUCUGAAGAAAAUCAACCUCAGCAACAACAAGGUGUCAGAGAUCGAGGAUGGGGCAUUUGAAGGGGCAUCAUCUGUCAGCGAGCUGCAUCUCACUGUCAAUCAGCUGGAGUCUGUGCGGAGUGGCAUGUUCAGGGGCCUGGAUGGGCUGAGAACCCUGAUGCUAAGGAACAACCGCAUCAGCUGCAUCCACAACGACAGCUUCACGGGGCUGCGCAACGUCCGCCUCCUCUCCCUGUAUGACAACCAGAUCAGCACCAUUGCACCAGGUGCCUUCGACACGCUGCAGUCACUCUCGACGCUGAACCUGCUUGCCAACCCCUUCAACUGCAACUGCCAGCUGGCCUGGCUGGGGGACUGGCUGCGCAAGAGGAAGAUCGUGACAGGGAACCCACGCUGCCAAAACCCUGACUUCCUCCGGCAGAUCCCUCUCCAGGAUGUAGCUUUCCCUGACUUCAGGUGUGAGGAAGGUCAGGAGGAGACCAGCUGCAUCCCCCGACCCCAGUGCCCGCAGGAGUGCACCUGCCUCGACACUGUUGUCCGCUGCAGCAACAAGCACCUCAAGGCCCUGCCCAAGGGGAUCCCCAAGAACGUCACGGAGCUCUACCUGGAUGGAAACCAGUUCACUCAGGUCCCGGGGCAGCUCUCCACCUUCAAGUACCUGCAGCUUGUUGAUCUGAGCAACAACAAGAUCAACUCCCUGAGCAACUCCUCCUUCACCAACAUGAGCCAGCUCACCACUCUGAUCCUCAGCUACAAUUCCCUGCAGUGCAUCCCUCAGCUGGCCUUUGAGGGCCUCCGCUCCCUCCGGCUGCUGUCUCUCCAUGGCAAUGACAUCUCCACCCUCCCUGAGGGCAUCUUUGCGGAUGUCACCUCCCUGUCCCACCUAGCCAUCGGGGCCAACCCCCUGUACUGCAGCUGCAACCUGCGCUGGCUCUCCAGCUGGGUCAAGACGGGCUACAAGGAGCCAGGCAUCGCCCGCUGUGCUGGGCCCCCGGACAUGGAAGGCAAGCUGCUGCUCACCACCCCUGCCAAGAAAUUCGAGUGCCAAGGCCCUCCUGCCCUGAGCAUCCAGGCCAAGUGCAACCCCUGCCUCUCCAGCCCCUGCCAGAACCAGGGCACCUGCCACAAUGACCCUCUCGGCUUCUACCGCUGUGCCUGCCCCAGUGGCUACAAGGGCAGGGACUGCGAGGUGGCACUCAGCGGCUGCUCCUCCAACCCCUGCGCCAAUGGGGGAACCUGCCAGCCUCAGGACGGGGAAGGAGCUGGGUUCAGGUGUCUAUGCCCGGUGGGCUUUGAGGGCCCGAGCUGCCGCACCACUAGUGACCCCUGCAAGGAGCACAGCUGCAAGAACGGGGGCUCCUGCGUGCCCAGUGCCACCAACUACACCUGCCUGUGCCCUGCCCGCUACACAGGGGAUUUCUGUGAGCAGCCGCCGGAUUUCUGCUCAGCCGAGCUCAGCCCAUGCCAGCAUGGCUCCACCUGUGUCUCCACCAGCCAGGGGCCCAGGUGUGAGUGUGUGCCCGGCUACCUGGGGAGCAACUGCAGUGAGGACUUCAACGACUGCCAGGACCACCGAUGCCAAAACAACGCCCGCUGCCUGGACGAGGUGAACGGCUACUCCUGCAUCUGCACCGAGGGCUACAGUGGCCAGCUCUGCGAGAUUCCACCCCGCACCGCCAGCCAGCCCGGCCCCUGUGAGCGAGCAGAGUGCCAGAAUGGGGCACCAUGUGUGGAGAGGGGUGCCCGUGCCCUCUGCCAGUGCCUGCCUGGCUUCGGUGGCCCCAAGUGUGAGAAGCUGCUGAGCGUCAACUUUGUGGACCGUGACACAUACCUGCAGUUCACUGACCUGCAGGACUGGCCCCGAGCCAAUAUCACCCUGCAGGUCUCCACAGCUGAAGGCAAUGGCAUCCUGCUGUACAAUGGCGACAGCGACCACAUGGCCGUGGAGCUGUACCAGGGCCACGUCAGGGUCAGCUAUGACCCCGGCACCCACCCCAGCUCAGCUAUCUACAGCGCCGAGACCAUCAACGAUGGGCAGUUCCACACUGUGGAGCUGGUGACAUUCGACCAGAUGGUGAACCUCUCCAUCGACGGUGGCAGCCCCAUGACCAUGGACAACUCGGGCAAGCACUACACGCUGAACAGCGAGGCGCCCCUCUAUGUGGGCGGGAUGCCUGUGGAUGUCAACUCGGCUGCCUUCCGCCUCUGGCAGCUCCUCAACGGCACCAGCUUCCACGGGUGCAUCCGCAACCUCUACAUCAACAACGAGCUGCAGGACUUCACCAAGACGCGGAUGACGCCGGGGGUGGUGCCAGGCUGCGAGCCCUGCCGCAAGCUCUACUGCCUGCACGGCAUCUGCCAGCCCGCUGGCACCCAGGGCCCCGUCUGCCACUGCGAGCCCGGCUGGGACGGGCCCCACUGCGACCAGCCCCGUGGUGGCCCCUGCCAGGGGCACAAGUGCGUGCACGGGCUGUGCCUGCCCCUCGACGCCCUCUCCUACAGCUGCCAGUGCCGCGAGGGCUACCAGGGCGCCCUCUGCAACCAGCCCGCCGAGCCGCCCGACCCCUGCCACCGCCAGCCCUGUGCCCAUGGCCACUGCCGCCUCACCCCCGGCGGCCAGCCCACCUGCGAGUGCCACGACGGCUACACUGGAGCCCUCUGCGACCAAGAGCCGGAGUGCCGCGGGGAGCCGGUGCGGGACUACCACCAGGUGCAGCGGGGCUAUGCCAUCUGCCAGACGACGCGGCCGGUGGCCUGGGUGGAGUGCCGGGGGACCUGCGGCGGCCCCGGUGCUGGCUGCUGCACCGGGUUGCGGCUCCGGCGCAGGAAAUACGCCUUCGAGUGCAGCAAUGGCGCGACCUUCGUGGAGGAGGUGGAGAAGCCCAGCAAGUGCGGCUGCAGCCAGUGCCUGUGAGCGGCCACCGGCCCCGGAGAGCUGGGGGGCCGGUGGGGAGCCCCCUCCGGAGCCAAGGACCUCGCUUUGCCCCGCAGCCGUGGUGCUGCUGUCUGGGUGCUCCUGAACCCUGGUGGAGGGUAGAGCUGUUGCAUCUAGAGGGUUGGAAAAAAAGGAAAAAAAGAAAAAAAAAAAAAAAGAAAAAAACCCCCACAAACAAAGCAAAUGUGUAGAUAGAGAAUUUUUUAAGAACUGCAGCUACACAGAUGUGUGGAUAUGGGGUGGGUGCUCUGCCCAGCUGCCCCUGGCUGCUCCCGGUGGGACCCUGCCUUACCCCCAGCGCAGCCCCGCAGCUGUGGAGGGCAGUGCCUGCGUCUCCCUGCCUGACCCCUCCCUGGCAGUCCCAUCCCUUGCAUCCAGCUUGGUGAGCUGGGGACUUUUCCAACACCUGGGGCUGAAGCAGAGGGGAUUGAUGUGGCUCUGCCUGGUGGGCCGUGGUGAGCCGUGGCUGGCAGAGGGCUGCACGGUGUAGCUGGCAUCCCAUGGUCCCAGCCAGCCCAUAGCUGGACUCCCUGUCCUCUCCUCCAGCAGCCCUGGCCUCCCUGCUGAGGACCUGCGAUCGCCGUGAUGGCAGCUGCAGCAAGCAGCUCCCCAGUGCAAGGGCUGGGGUGCUGGAGCCCAGAGCACCCCAGAUGGUGGCAGCUCCGUGGCCGCAGCCUGACUGGUGGCACCCCUGGGCUGUGCUUGCUGGCUGGGCUCUGGUUUGCACAGGGCAUGGCUGCAACCCGCUGUGGGAGCGUCGGGGGCCAUGCCGGGUGGAGCAGGACCAGGGCAGCCCCAGGCACGCUGAGUGGGUCAUGGGCAGCAGUGGAGAUGUCCAUGUGGGUCCCAGUGCCAGCCCUGCCCCAUGCUGUGGGGGCCAAUACUGUUCUGUCAAUGCAGAGGGGGCCCCAAAUACCCCUGGCCCAGUCAGACAGCUCUGCUUAGAGGUGGGAGCCAUGUGGGGCAGCACGGGAACCCCUUUCCUUCAGGCUCAGCCCCUGGGGUGCCCUGUGGCUGGUGCCCCAUGUCCCACUGGCCCGGCCAGCCGGGGCAGGAGGCUGCUGGGCCAGCUGGGGUGUGGGUUUGCCAUGCCUGUCACCAGGGCCUCAGCCUUGUGGUUGCCAGGGCCAGCUGAAGAGGCUGAAGAUGCCCACGCCUGCCAGCCUGGAGCUGCGUUACUGCCAGGACAGGUCCCACCAACUCCUGGAUUUGGGUGUCAGUGCCCAGGUGGCAUCUUUCCAAAGCCUGCAGCACUGGGGGAUGCUCUGGGCUGGUGCAGGAGCAAGGGCAGCACCGCUGCUGGUGCAGCAUGGGGAGCCUGUACCACACACGCCCAACCUCUGCAGCAGCAUCGCUUCUAUGCCUGGGGGGGCCAAGGAUGGUGGGGGCCCAACCUGGGACACUGCACGCAGCUGGACAGUGACACCAUGUCACCCAGGUGGACAAACUCAUCCCAGCGCUGCGCCCCCGGGUCUCUCUAGCACACCUCUCCAGCGCAUCAGCUUCAGGUCUGCACCACUGACUGUGGCUGGGCUCUGGGCAUCUGCAUCGGGUGCAUCUGGCUCUGUGAGUGCCGUCACCACCCCUGCUUACCACCGGCAUCCAGGACUUUCCCAACACCACAGGGGAUGUGUUUCUGCCACAAAUGCCCUUUCCACGGGAGCUCCCUCUGCUGAAUAGAGGAGCUGGGACGUGUCUCGUUUUGCCUGUGGCCCUGCCGGGGCUUGGUUGUGUUGUGUUUCUGUUCUUGCUGUAAGCUAACCGCUAAAGUAUCUCUUUAUACAGAAUACUUACAGAUUCUAAUAUAUAUUUGUAUUUCAUUUUGUUAUAGUAUUUUUAUAUGUUUGGGGUCAACAAAUGAUGUUUUCUUUUUGUUUACAGAUGCUACUGGGCAGGAAAAUGACGGUGGCUUUGUUUGGCCUGUGGGGUUUGUGUGUGUCACUGUUGAAGACGCUGGUUUGUACUAGGCUGGCGAGGGAGGCGCUGAGCAUCCUUCCGUUGGCAGAGGCUGUAUUGUUUUAGGAGAUGUUUGGUAUUGUCUAUGUUGUCUUCCAUGUGAACAUGACAUUUAUUCAUUCA